GUAAAAUAAAUCUAGAGCUAACAAAUUGCAUUCUGUUUGGGGGAUUAUAAAUGGGGGAUCUGGCAACCUGGAUAUGUGCCGUAAAAGUCUUUCAGUUCCGGUCUCAUGUUGGUUGAACAACAUGGCGGCGGAGCCUUGGAAUAAAGUCAAUAUUCCGUAUCCAUGUGCUACUGCGACUUGUCGAAUCAGUUUUGACACCAGGACAGCCUCUGUAACGGAGGCUGUGCAGGUGCAGUGUGAGGGUGUGCUGAAGCUCCUGGACAGCCAAGUGUUGCACACAGAGAUCCGAGUUCUUCGUGAGAUUCUGUAUGUCCUGAACAACAGCCUCAGACAACACAAACCCUUCCGGGCCAUCAAACAGGUUGAGCAAUGCAUAAAGCGGCUGAAGGAAAUGAAAUUGCAGGGAGCCUUGCAAGAUCUGCACGAGCUAUGCCCAAACCAAAUUCAGAGGACUGUGGGAGUUGAUGUGGGACAAUGUGAAGUCCCCAGUCAGCCCAUGCUUGAAUGGUUUUGUCUAAAACUGUUGGGAGGCUCCAGUCUUCUCUGCCGUUCUAUGGAUCAGUGCACCAAAGCCUUCUUAUUGGUAAAGCAGCAUCUUUAUUUGUCCGAGUUCAUUGUGCUGAACGUGGUGCUGACAAGCCUGCUCAGUCGACUCUGGGUCUUCUUCCAAGGCAUCCUGAGAGCUCUGGUGCACGUGUAUGAAGUAAUCAAGAAUCUGCUCCGUGAGGUAGUGCAGUGUCGACCAAUGCCCUUCCUCACUGACUUCAUCCUGCCUGGAGACCUGACAGCAUUUCUGGGCCCCCCUUACUUUGACCUGCUCAAAGAGAUGAGUAUAGAUGUGCCCUUUGGGAUCAAGAAAAGCACAAAACCCUCUCUCCUCAACAGGCUGUUUGAGGCAGGUAGUGAGGAACAGGUGGGAAAAGGUGAAGAGCAGGAAGAAAGGGAGGUGAUUCAGAUGCUAGCCACCGAGGAAGCAACAUCUGAUAUAGAUCUGGGAACGGCUAUUUUGCGUCAAGGUCCAACUUGCUUGCGACCGUCCUCAAAUUUAGAUAUAAAGGUGAUGCUGCAGCCACAAACCUCGAAACAGUAUACAGCUGAAGUGUUUACAAAGACAACGUCUCCUGGGCAACAGAGCUCUUUCAGCCCAGCUGUACUCGAUCAGAAGAGGAUGUUCUUGAAGAAGCUGAAGACAUCCUCCACCAUUAGGGACAUGACUGCACAUCUUGAAGAGAUAAUGGGCUGGUGUAGGAGGAAUAAGCUGCAUCAGGAACGCCGUUUUCUUGCCUUCACGCUCCUCGGGUGCAAGAGGAUAAACACUUUGGAGUGUGAUGGAAUUAGUGUUCAGAAGAAACUGAGGAGGCUUGCAGUUAGAGUUAGUGUUCUACUUAAAGGAGCCUCCUCGGUAAGACCUUCCCCUUUUCUUCAGAGGAGGACAAAACACUACUUCAGAACACGUUUUCUUACACUUAUGAGACGCCAUGGAAGCGUCAGGAACCGAGUUGGAAAUGUCAAAGCCAUGCGCCAUGGCCAAAUAGCCAAAGACCUUUUUAAUGCAACUGCAAAAUCAUCGCACAAACGCAGAAAGUACAUGAAAGUUUCACCUCUACAUAAAGAUGUGAUAUCAGGAAACAGUGACGUGUGCAGUCCAAAAGAAAGCAAAAUGAAAGCGACGGAGAAAGCGACGAGUCCAGUGAAAUCGAGCCGUGUGCACAAUGAUGAAAUUGAUAAUAUUUUUGCAUCCUUUGGCUUAUAGUGUAUAAUGAUGUAAGACAAAAUCUUGCAGUAUUGGUUUAUUCAUGCAUUUGUUUAUGUAUUAAACCUGCUUUGGUAAAAAAAAAAAAAA